AUGGAGAAUCUUCUUCCCUACCUCGCUCAAAAUCAUCACCAUCUUUACCAAGAUGGAAUCUUGCAGCAAGCUAACAAUGGUGAUCAAGAGGAACUGAACAACAGCAACAAUAAUGAGGGCGGCGGAAGCGGCAGCGAGCUUGGAGAGCAGGGGAGCAGCCGGAAGCGCGGUCGUCCGACGGGAUCGAAGAAUAAGCCGAAGCCUCCGGUGGUGAUCACGCGCGAGAGCACCAACGCGAUGCGGGCGCACGUGAUGGAGGUGGCGGCGGGGAACGACGUGCUGGAGAGCGUGAUCGAGUACGCGCGGCGGCGCCAGGUCGGCGUCACGGUGGUGAGCGGCACCGGGGCGGUGGUCGGCGCGACCGUCCGCAGUCCGCUCGGCGGCAUAGUGCCGUCUCUGCGCGGCCGGUUCAAGAUCGUGUCGCUGUCGGGGUCGAUCCUGCCUCCGUCGUCUCUGCCGGCGGCGUCGUGGAUGACGGUGUACCUGGCGGACGGACAGGGGCAGGUGGUGGGCGGGAGGGUGGUGGGGCCCAUGGUGGCGGCGGAGACGGUGAUGCUCAUGGUGCUUUCGUUCAGCAACGCGACGUACGAGCAACUGCCGCUGAGGCAAGAGGAGCCGCCGGAACUCGAUUGCGCUCAGCUGCAGAGGCCGCUGACGCUUCCAUUUCCUCUGCAGCAACUGGCGGGGGGCAAUGACGGCAACAACUCCAUGUUCUUUCAAGGCCAUCUCCCUCCGCCGCCGCCGCCGCCGCCUACUAGUGCUGCCAUGAACAACCUGCAACUGCCGACCGAGGCCACUAAUUUGAUGAAUACAUUUACGAAAUACAACUAA